UACAUGUAUGUACUUAUUUUAUAUGUAUUAUAUUUCAGCACAUAGUACAUGUAGCACACAGUAUUUAUCAUGUUUAUAUCUUUAGUCUAGAUUGCUCCACACAUGCAGGGAUCUCCUCAGGUGUACAUUUCAUACAGUACAGUUACAUAUAUUAUAUUUCAGGUCUUACCUUCUGGAUCGCUCCAGGUCAUUCAUUCUCUUUAUGUAUAUUGUACGUAUUGUACUACGCCUGCUGGAUCGCCACAGGUCGUACUACCCCUGCGGGAUCGCCACAGGUCAUUCAUUCUCUUUAUGUAACGGUACUACACCUGAUGGAUCGCCACAGGUCAUUCUAUUUAUGUAUACUGUACUACACCUGCUGGAUCGCCACAGGUCAUUCUAUCUAUUUAUGGGUUUUGUACUACGCCUGCUAGAUCGCCACAGGUCAUUCUUUCUUAUUAUGUAUAUUGUACUACAUCUGCUGGAUCGCUCCAGGUCAUUCAUUCUCUUUAUGUAUAUUGUACGUAUUGUACUACGCCUGCUGGAUCACCACAGGUCGUACUACCCCUGCUGGAUCGCCACAGGUCAUUCUAUCUAUUUAUGGGGUAAUGUACUACGCCUGCUAGAUCGCCACAGGUCAUUCUUUCUUAUUAUGUAUAUUGUACUACAUCUCCUGGAUCGCCACAGGUUAUUUUAUUUAUGUGUAUUGUACUACGCCUGCUGGAUCGCCACAGGUUUUUUAUUUAUAUAUAUUGUACUACCCCUGCUGUAUCUUCACAGGUUAUUUUAUUUAUGUAUAUUGUACUACCCCUGCUGGAUCGCCACAGGUUAUUUUAUUUAUGUAUAUUGUACUACAUCUGCUGGGUCGCCACAGGUUAUUUUAUUUAUGUAUAUUGUACUACAUCUGCUGGGUCGCCACAGGUUAUUUUAUUUAUGUAUAUUGUACUACGCCUGCUGGAUAGCCACAGGUUAUUUUAUUUAUGUGUAUUGUACUACGCCUGCUGGAUCGCCACAGGUUAUUUUAUUUAUGUGUAUUGUACUACGCCUGCUGGAUCGCCACAGGUUUUUUAUUUAUAUAUAUUGUACUACCCCUGCUGUAUCUUCACAGGUUAUUUUAUUUAUGUAUAUUGUACUACCCCUGCUGGAUCGCCACAGGUUAUUUUAUUUUUAUGUAUAUUGUACUACAUCUGCUGGGUCGCCACAGGUUAUUUUAUUUAUGUAUAUUGUACUACAUCUGCUGGGUCGCCACAGGUUAUUUUAUUUAUGUAUAUUGUACUACGCCUGCUGGAUAGCCACAGGUUAUUUUAUUUAUGUGUAUUGUACUACGCCUGCUGGAUCGCCACAGGUUGUACUACCCCUGCUGGAUUGCCACAGGUCAUUCAUUCUAUUUAUUUCUCAGUAUAGUAAUGCAUACAUGUAUGUAUUUAUUUUAUAUGUAUUAUAUUUCAGCACAUAGUACAUGUAGCACACAGUAUUUAUCAUGUUUAUAUCUUUAGUCUAGAUUGCUCCACACAUGCAGGGAUCGCUCCAAGUGUACAUUUCAUACAGUACAGUUAUAUAUAUUAUAUUUCAGGUCGUACCUGCUGGAUCGCUCCAGAUCAUUCGUUCUCUUUAUGUAUAUUGUACUACACCUGCUGGAUCGCCACAGGUCUUAUUGUACCUGCUGCAUCGCCACAGAUCAUUCAUUAUCUUUAUGUAUACUUUACUACGCCUGCUGGAUAGCCACAGGUCAUUCUAUUUAUGUGUAUUGUACUACGCCUGCUGGGUCACCACAGGUCAUAUUAUCUUUUAUUAUGUAUUAAUGUGUUAUAUUUAACUCAGCUAGUAUUUCCACUUAGACCCUCUUGUUUAAGGAAUACUUAGAUUUCCCAGGUUGUUUCUUUUCUUUUAUUUUACAGGAAAAUACAGAUACAGAUACAGAUAUUAAAACCUUCGUUUUUUCGGAUGAAGACUUCAGAACUUAUAGCACCGUUAACGUUAUAUAUGAACAAACAAUACCCUGAUGCCUGCCUUCAUAUAUAGUAUUAUGUGUAAGACAACAGUUCAACUUUUGUUUAUUUUAACUUAUCGUUUUCGGAUGCAAAAUUCAGAACUAUUAAGCACUAGAUAUGAGGAUAGCUAUAUCUUGAUGCAGACUUCAGAACUAUAUAGCACCGGAAUAUAUAAGGAGGACGAUACCUUGAUUCAUAGUUAACGUGUCAGAACUACAGUCACACUUCUUUAAACAUUAAACGCAAGAAUUUUGACUACAUGUAUGUAAGACAGAUUUAUUUUAUCCGUCUGGGUAAGAGAGAAGUGAUUACUGUGAGCACUCUUUCAGAACUAGUAGAGGGUUCGUUCUAAAGCACAACAGAAAGGUGUUGUUUUUGGAAUUAUUGUAUUGUUAAUGUAAUUUUUUAAUUAUUUUUUUUUUACAUUUGUAUUUGCUACCAUUAUUAUUUCUUGGGGGCUUUCAUUCUUUCAUUUUAUGAACUCAUUUCAUUUGGCUUUUAAUUCCAGGGGAAUCAUACUCCCCCAAUUCAAUAAUACAUCAGAUAGGUUAAUUCCUGUUGAGGAACAAAUUGUAUUUUAAGUAGUAUUUUUACUACGCUGGGAUCGCCCAGGAGCAAUUAGGUUCAUUCCUGUCGAGGAAUGUAGGUUCAUUCCUGGGGAUCGCCCCAGGAAACACAUAGGCUCAUUCCUGGGGAUCGCCUCAGGAAACACAUAGGUUCAUUCCUGGGGGUCGCCCCAGGAAACACAUAGGCUCAUUCCUGGGGAUCGCCCCAGGAAACACAUAGGUUCAUUCCUGGGGAUCGCCCCAGGAAACACAUAGGCUCAUUCCUGGGGAUCGCCCCAGGAAACACAUAGGCUCAUUCCUGGGGAUCGCCCCAGGAAACACAUAGGUUCAUUCCUGGGGAUCGCCCCAGGAAACACAUAGGUUCAUUCCUGGGGAUCGCCCCAGGAACAUUUUUUACUAAUCGCAUAUUUUUAUUUUUCUC